ACGGAUGGGGAGGGGGAGCUAGGGCGUCACAAAUCCUAAACCCAGAACAGACCUGCCAGCCAGGCCGCGCUGACCCGCCCAGCGCGGGACUGGGGCUGAGCUCCCACGAGCAGCGCCGCUGGGCCCCGCCCCCCAGAGUGCGGGCGCUGAUUGGUCAGCGCGACCGCAGGGCGGGGCCGAAUCGUGAAAGUCUGGGAGCUAAGCAAGCCGGGAGGAGUCGGUGGUGGCUUCGAAACCCCGGGAGGUGAUGCCACUAGGCCCCAUAUGAGUUUCCUUAAAAACUCUCUAAUGCCCUAACUCUAGUCCCAGGAUCAUGGAGCCCACAAGAGACUGUCCACUGUUCGGGGGAGCCUUCUCUGCCAUCCUCCCCCCUGGGGCCAUUGAUGUAAGCGAUCUCCGGCCGGUCCCGGACAACCAAGAAGUUUUCUGCCAUCCCGUGACUGACCAGAGUCUGAUAGUGGAACUUCUGGAGCUGCAGGCCCACGUGCGGGGCGAAGCGGCUGCGCGGUACCAUUUUGAGGACGUUGGUGGGGUGCAGGGGGCUAGGUCCGUGCACGUGGAGUCUGUGCAGCCCCUCUGUUUGGAGAACCUUGCCCUGAGAGGCUGCUGUCAAGAAGCCUGGGUCCUCUCUGGCAAGCAGCAGAUAGCUAAAGAAAAUCAGCAGGUAGCAAAGAAUGUGACACUGCAUCAGGCCUUGCUGCGGCUGCCCCAGUACCAGACUGAUCUCUUGCUCACCUUCAACCAACCCCCGUAAGGAGGAAGGAAAGAGCAGAAUUCUCAUCAUUGGGUCUCCAGGACAAUUAGGCUGGGUGGGCAGAGCAGAGAGGUUGGCUGGUGGAGGCAGAAGUGGGCCAGAGGCUUGGGGUUACAGACACCUGGGUUCUCUGGGGACCAGGAGGUGGAAACUUCCAAAUCUCAAUCCUGAAUGUUCUUUCUUCCU